AUGUCUUCACGCCGCCUGGACUUCCUGAUACGCUCUGUCGCGUUUAUCGCGAUGCUCUCCUUUGCGAGGCCUGUACUUUCGACACCGAUACCUCUUCCUCUUCUGAUGGCGCCGGACUACUCGCCAAGUCUUAUUCCUUUGAAUCGGUCGAUCUCUCGUGUUUCUAGUCGAAGUGCCAGCCCUUUCCCUCUUGUUUCUCUUCGCCAUUCUCGAGACGUCGGGCCUCUGGAUUCCCUUACCCAAUACCAUGAUGCCGCUUCGAAGAAUGCAAACAACUUGAAGAGCCUCGCCGCGAAGUCGGCCACUACGGACAAUGAGGACUAUGACUUCCAGCAAGCCUGCGCAUCCGAACUCUCUGAGUUCAGUCAGAAUAUGCAAGGCAUCCAGGAGGUUCUUGUACAGGCUUCACCCUCUGACAAAGGGCUCGCUAACUACGACCGGGAUAACGACCUUGAAACUCUGCUCAAGAACGUCGUCAACCUUAACAAGGACGUUCUGAACUCCACCACUGCUGCUGUCUACAACAUCCCAGGUCUCGGACCGACCCUUGGACCUAUUGUCUACAAUCUCAAAUGUUUAAUCGACCAGAUCUUGGACGCUCUCGAGGACUACAGCGACGCUACGAUCAAUCAGUUAACGCCUCUAUUGCAAGGAGUAUUUGGGAAGACAACAUCGCUAGCCUGCGACACGGGCGUUGUGCUAGCCGGGCUAUGCAUCUAG